AUGGAUGUGAUUUCGGACCUUUCGCCCUUGAGUCCCGGGCUGAUAGACGAGUUGGAGGCCUACAUGGCACCUGUCAGCGAGAACUGCUACGCGCCACAACCUUUAGAUGCCCGACGCAUCGGAGGUCACCAGUUACCGGAAAGCCCGCCCGAUUCAGGGUCAGAAAACCCAUAUAGUCCAGACACACAAGUGUCACACACGAUAGCUGUGUCACAGACUAUAUUGACCCCGGAUUAUAUGCUGUUACCGGAGCAUCUCAAUAUUCAUGAGGUUCUCCAAAACGGCGAAUACAUUUACGAUGAAAUGAAAGAUAAUAUAGACCACGAGGUUCUGAGGAAUGACGUCGUGGUGAUGCAGGACCCCGGCGAACUGGGGUUAAGGGGGGUCAGACAUGACAUGGGGCUAUCAGAGCCAGUGUAUCAAAACAGGUACAACCAAAUGCGGGUAGACAUGCCGGAAAUGGAGCAGGGCUUGAUGACGUCACAGCUGGUCUCAUUGGGUCAUGACGUCACACCAGUUUACACAAAUCUACAGGAGCCAGGCAGUAAGAAGCGAAAGUUAUCACAGGACGUCAAAUGUGAACCAGCGGCCUUAUCACCAGAGAGCAUCGUCCGGCCACCUCCGUCUGUAGAUGGGUCUGAAGCGGGUGACGAUGCUCCUCAGCAGAGUAUACGUUUCGCCCCCUUCCAACAGACAGUCUGGCACGCGCUGUUUGAUAGUAACUUGAAGCCUAUCCUACCGCCAUCGUACAUAGUCGGAGCUGACAAAGGUUUCAACUACUCUCAGAUCGACGAAGCCUUCGUCUGCCAGAAGAAGAACCACUUCCAGGUCACCUGUCAGAUGCAGGUAUCGGGAGAGCCUCAUUAUAUUAAGACUGCGGAGGGAUAUAAGAAGAUUAGCAGCUUCUGCUUACAUUUUUAUGGAGUAAAGGCUGAAGAUCCAAGUCAAGAAGUGAGAAUAGAACAAAGCCAAUCUGAUAGAACGAAGAAGCCAUUCCAUCCUGUACCUGUGGAACUACGUCGCGAAGGCUCCAAGAUAACCGUGGGCCGCCUUCAUUUCGCGGAAACCACGAACAACAACAUGAGGAAGAAGGGUCGCCCCAACCCUGACCAGAGGCACUUUCAGCUCGUGGUGGCUCUGAAAGCGCAUACCACCACCAACGAGUAUAUAGUAGCAGCACAUGCUAGCGACAGAAUUAUAGUCCGGGCGUCAAACCCUGGACAGUUUGAGUCGGACUGUUCAGAGAACUGGUGGCAACGCGGUGUCUCAGAAAACAGCGUGCACUACAAUGGAAGAGUUGGGAUAAACACAGAUAGGCCUGACGAAAGCUGCGUUAUUAAUGGUAACCUCAAAGUCAUGGGUCACAUAGUCCAUCCAUCGGAUGCAAGAGCAAAGCAUGAUAUCGAAGAAUUGGACACGGCACAGCAACUGAAGAAUGUUCAGAGCAUCCGUGUUGUUAAAUUCAACUAUGACCCAUCGUUUGCGGAGCAUUCCGGUCUGGUGGGCUGGGACCCACGAGCUACGUCCAGGGACACUGGUGUACUAGCCCAGGAGGUUAGAAAGGUGUUGCCAGAUGCCGUUAAAGAAGCUGGUGAUGUCACGUUACCAAAUGGUGAUACAAUACCUAAAUUCCUAGUAGUUAACAAGGAUCGCAUCUUCAUGGAAAACCUUGGUGCUGUCAAGGAAUUAUGUAAAGUGACAGGGCACCUGGAGUCACGAAUAGACCAGCUUGAGAAGAUCAACAAGAAACUCUGCAAGAUCAGUGUACUACAACGAAGGGAUAGCUCUAGAUCUAGCGUCAGUAAUGACUCCCGUUUCUCAGGCAUCUCCGCGUCGUCGAAAUCGUUCUACAGCGAUGGCAACAUUUCCAUAGACCAAAUCCGCGAAAUUGCUCGCUCCAUCCGUCGGCACGAGUGUUGCCAUAAACUCAGUCACAACUCGCCGAAAUACACGCGGAAACAGUGCAAAAACUGUCACGUUUACUCGAAAUAUGGGAAAUACUAUAAUUACAACAAAACGUGUGUGCGUUACCACUCAAAAUCGGAUAAGUCCGAAAACCCAGAAAGCAAUUACCCCACCUACGUUAGUACGCUAGAAACACCAGAAAAGUUACCAGAUGAAAACUUUAGUACGUCGUCGAAGAAAAAAGAUUCUUGUCUCUGGUUGAGGGAUGAAGAUGGCUACGGUUAUGGGAAAAUGAUGUGCUGCAGAAAGAAAUAUGGUUAUGACGGGAAUGAGUUAAUUUCCAAUAAAUUAUUACAAAUUGUAAUAACGAUAUUAGUCUUUAUCAUGGCUGUAUGCCUCGUUGUAAUGUCUGCCCUAUACUUCCGAGAACAUCAAGAAUUGUUGUCAAUGAAAGAAAUACGUAUGCACGAAAAGUUUUCAAACUAUCCGCACUAUGGCAAAUUUAAUGUGAAUAGCGGGCCUAUACAUCGGGCAACACCGCCUGAUCAGAAUCAAAUACACAAUUCAAAACCUCAACAUGCAGCGACGAAAAAAACUGCGAAAGAAAAAGGACCCCAUAAGAACCAGGAGUUUACAUCGAUGGACCCACCCAUUCCUACGCCAACCACAAUUCACGCUUCGCGAAAUUAUGUCAAAAAUGUGUUACAUAUGGAGCAAGCAUCCACCACUCCGCGUUGGGAAGGCCCCGUAUCCAUCACUCGAAUUGCAGACGUCAUCGGAGGCGGUUGUGCAUUUACUAUUAACACGGAUAAUGAGCUGGAUGCUGAAUGUCAGUCUUCAUGCGGACUCGACGCGCCACAAACCUACGAAAAUCAAGGCCCUCUGGAGCGCGGUAAACCUGACAAAGUACUAAACGAGACUUACUCUAAACCAUUGGAACCAAUCAUUAAAGAAAAAAUCAUAACACCAGUUAUUGCUGACAAAAACACUUCAGAGAGCAAAGAAAAAGACAUAAAGAAGCAAUUAAAAGAAGAAAUCAUAGCUGAAUCAAACUUCUUAGACGCGAAGAAUAUUAGCGAAGUAAGAAUGAAAAGAGAAGUGGAGGUUGGCGAGGAGGGAGAAGAGAUUCUGAAGAGUAGUUCAGAAGAGAUGAUUCUAAGCCAAUCGGAUGAAACCGGAAAAGAAUGCGACACAAUAUCCGUCGGUAUUAGCAGCAAGUCAAUCUCCAACAUAUCCGUUUUCAACGAGGUAGUAUGCGCCCGCGCAGCGCAUAACUACACUUACUCAAUACCGCUGUCUCACUGCCUUCAUCAUAAACACGUUGAUAUUGUGUUUAGAUCUCCGAAACUCCACGAACUUCGUCUUUGCGACCUCCAAUGCAAAUAUGAUUCAAGUAAGAAUUGCCAAUUGAACCGGGAUAUUGCUAAGCCGUUGCCCAGUACAGACGCUUGGACUUCAAAACUAACGCUCGAGUGCAACUUGGAUAGAACGUUGAAGAUACGAGGAAGCUAUUUGCCUAUGAAGGAAUUGUGCUAUUUGAACGCAGAAAACAAAAUCCAAUUCGUCGAAUUCAACAUUCACAUUUACAGAGAUUGCCAUAACUAA